AUGGGUGUGGACCAUUCACGCCUGGCGAGGAAUGAGCUCAAGUCCCUGGGGAAGCUACUCUCAUGCCAGAUCUCAAACAUGCAAGAAAAGCGCGUGUCAGACGAGGAUAUGGAGGAGGCUGGCCUUCCUCACACUCUCAACGAAGCUCUGGGCGAGUGGUUAGAGGCGGCAGGUGGAGAUGCAGGGAGUGAGGCUGCAGAGGGGAGUGAGGCUGUGGCGCAAUGCCAAGCAGUGGAGCCUGCAGCAGAGGCAUCCGAAGAAGCAAUGCAGAAACUGGGGAGGCUGCUGUGCUGGCUGUGCAGUAACUGCAUGAGCGCAGGAGCCAGCCACGAUGAGAUGCUGACAAAAUAUGAGUCCGUGGGAGAAGAGCUCAAGGCGCUCUGGGAAAGGGUUGACAUGAGCUGCAUUGACGAGUACCACAAACAAGAUGACGCCUUUUUCGAGGCGUUCUUUGAAGCAACAGAGGUGACACCAGAGAGGGAUGCCGUAAAGCAGGAGCACAAGGCCCUGAUAAGGCGCCGGCAGGCAGAGUUCACUGCAGGCCUUGAUGCAAUCAGGACGCGGGUCAAAGAGAUCUACAAGAUCGUGGCACCAGGUGGCGAUGCUGACCUGGCGCCCGUUGACUCGCUUGACCCGUUCAGCCAGGGAAUUUGUUUCUCUGUGCGCCAACCACAGCAGCAGUGCUGGAGGAACAUUGCCGACCUCAAAGGGGGAGAGCAGGAAGUGGAAAGCCUUCGUCAAUUGCUGAAAUGCGCGACGGAAGAGCUGCAAUCCGCGAGAACCGCUGCCGCGGCACAGGGACAGCUGCACGAGGCGCGGGUUCGAUACCUGGAGGAGCAAUUAAGCGUGGUGAAGCGGGAAAGGGACGAGCUGAAAGAGCAACUAGACAGCGCGGAGCAGAAGCACAAGCAGGAGCUUGACCAAGCCCGAUCGGACUCUCACGCCUUAAUCCGACCGUCCAUUACAGGCACGGUUACCGAGCCUGUGGACAUGGCUCGGGUUGCCGAGCCUGUGGUCUUGGCUCGGGUGGAGAAAGUAUCCAUGACUCGGGUUGAAUCCGUGAGCAUGCAGACGGCUCCCAGUGCGCUGACACCUGGCUCUAGCAUUCAGCAGUUCCAGCAGGGCGACACGUGGCAAAUGUCCCCUCAGACGACCACUGUGUAUCAUCACGAGCAGCACCACCAGCAGCAUCAGGCGCCGCCGCCGUCGCUCCAGCAGCAGCAGCAGGUGCAGCAAGUGCAGCAGGUGCAGCAGGUGCAGCAGCAGGUGUUUCAUCAGGUGCGGGUGGAGAGCCAGCAGACGACGGAGCAGCACCAAAUAAGGACGUCUUUAGGAGCGUCUAGCGUUCCGAUGCUUGCUGCUCCUCCGCAGGCUAUAGCAGCGUCCGGAUCAGCAUCAGCUCCUGUGAUCGUGGAACUUCCUCCCGAGCCUGUGGUUAGUCAGUCGCAGGCGCAAGCCUCGCAGGCGACUCAGGCGACGGGUCGUGCGACGGGCCAGCAGUCGCAGCAGCCGCUGCCGUCGUCGCCUGCUGUCGCGCAGGGGCAGCAGCAGCAGCAGCAGCAGCCUGUGGCACAGCAACCCACGGUAACCGGAGGGCAAGUGCUUACGGGCUCAUGCGUAGCAGAGGCACCGCCGCCGCAACCAUCAGCCGUUGGCGGGGGUUCCGUCCCUGCGUCUCCUGCAGUGCGCACAGCCUCGGGAGGAGGUUCGGUGCAGCGUACCGGGCCUAGCUCGCUGCUUCGGCAAGGGUCCGGGGUGGGAGGUGCUCCCCAGCUAGUGCAGUCCGUGCCUUCGUCUCCGCAAGUGGGAUUCGAAGUAGCUUCUAGCGCGGAUAGCUUUCCCACCCAGCAGGGUCAGGCAAGUCAGCAGCAGCAGGGGCAGGGACAAGGACAGGGGCAAGGGCAGGGGCAGGGGCAGGGGGGUCGGAUGGCGAGGGUGGGUAGCUGGAAUGACCUGACGCAGCAGAAUGCGGCAGCAGGGACUGGGGGAUCAGCAGCAGGGGCGUGCAUGGCAGGGACGGGCAUGGCAGGGACGGGAGUGGGAGGGGCGAGUCAGCAACAGCAACAGCUACAGCAGCAGCAACAGCAGCAGCAACAGCAGCAACAGCAACAGCAACAGCAACAGCAACAGCAGCAGCAACAGCAGCAACAGCAACAGCAACAGCAACAGCAGCAGCAACAGCAGCAGCAACAGCAGCAACAGCAACAGCAACAGCAGCAGCAACAGCAGCAACAGCAACAGCAACAGCAACAGCAACAGCAGCAACAACAGGAGCAGCAACAGCAGCAGCAGCAGCAGCAGCAGCAACAGCUUCAGCAACAGCUUCAGCAACAGCAACAGCAGCAACAGCAGGCAUACCAACAGCAAACCCACUCCCAAAGCCACUCCCUUCCCCCUCACCAACCACUCUUCGACACAGACGUGAGUCAACCCAUUCCCAUGGACGUCCUUCCCCCUGUAGCACCUGCUGUAGCAGCUCAGCCCACAGACGAAGGCCCGCUGCUAGGCGCCAUUCCCCGCCGCAUUCUGCCUGCUGUAGCUGCAGCAUCAGGAGACGGCGCAGGGGGCUUUGUGGAGGAUUCGGCAGAUUCUUGCAUCCUGCAACAGCAGCAGCAGCAGCAGCAGCAGCAGCAGCAGCAGCAGCAGCAGCAGCAGCAGCAGCAGCAGCAGCAGCAGCAGCAGCAGCAGCAGCAGCAGCAGCAGCAGCCGCCGCCGCCGCCGCAGCAGCAGCAGCCGGUGCAGAUGGGUGGAGAGAGAGGUGGGGUGGUGGAGAGGAGUGGGGCGGGGCAGAGACGGGCAGGUGAGGGGCGGGGCGGGGGUGGUGUCCAGCAGCAGAUGCAGGGCCAACAGCAGCAGCCGCAGCAGCAACAGCAGCAGCCGCAGCAGCAACAGCAGCAGCAGCAGCAGCAACAGCAACAGCAGCAGCAGCAACAGCAGCUAUUUCAGAAAGGGGAAGUAGCAGAAGUGAAGGCUGAAGAGUAUGGUCUCUUUGUCGCCUCCCAUGGGGCACACGGGGGUGCGAACGGCCAUGUGGGCGGUCACGGGGCAGCGCUAGGUGGUGGUGGUGGUGGUGGUGGCGGUAUGGGGAGUCACGAGGAGGAGGACGAGGAGGAAAUGGAUGAGAUGGAUGAUGAGGGGGAUGAGGAGGAGGAGGAACACCUUCAGCUGCACCAUCAGGGUCAGCUGCCCCAGUCCCACCCCCACCACCGGGCCUACCCGCCCCACCUGCUUCUGCACCCGUCACACCCUGCCCACCCAUACCAGCAGAUGCAGCACCUGCCUCCCAACUUUCCCUAUUUCCACCACCCGAGAAAUGGGGUCACAGGGCAUGCCAUGGGCCUGUCUUCUGUCUCCUCUCUCGCCUCCUCCUCCAUCCCAGCUGGUUCAUCUGCUGCAACUGCUGCUGCCGCUGCUGCUGCGGUUGCUGCUGCUAGUGCUGCUGCAGCUGCGGGUGGUUUGUCUGGUGCUGCCCCUCUUGCUGCUACUGCACCCCCGUCUGCUGCUGCUGAUGCUGCCACUGCUGGCGCUGGCGCUUCCAGUGCUGCUGCUGCUGGUGCUGCCAGUGCAGCUGCCCCACCCAGGUGGAACCCUUCUCUUCCCCCCCACGCCCAAUCCGUCCCUUCCCUGCUCCCACCCGCCCCACUCACCUCUGCUUCCACUCCAGCUGCCAACGGCCCUCCCCCCCCACAGCCCCUCCCUGCUCUCAGCAACCUCCCUCGCAUCACAGGAGUUCCUGCUGCUGCCACCGCGCCCAUCCCCCCCGCACCCAUCCCAACCACUCUCAACCCCAUGCUGCUCCCGCCGUCACUACCAACCCUCGAUCCAGCAGUCCUAGCCUCGGUUCUAGACUCGGACGCGCGUCAGAGGCACCUUCCCGAGCCUCCAGACACGGACAUGCAGGCAAUGUUAAAAGCUUUACCGGAGCAGGGGCAGCUGGUGAAGGCUGUUCUAGAAGCAGGGCCGCUGCUGCAGCAGCUUCUGACAGCGGCGCCUAUCCCCCCCUGGAGACCCUCCCUGCAACCUGCUGAUCACCCUGCUUCUGCUGCUGCUGCUGCGACGGCUGCAGCGGCGGCGGCGGCGGCGGCUGCUGGUGAUCCGGGCUCCCAUUCGCUCCCACAAGCGCCGCGGCAGCGGCAGCAGCAGCAGCGCUUGGCGUGGGUCCCUCCCCCAUCCCGCUCCCUCACCUGA